AUGCUCAUCAAAAGUAAUAAAAGAAAAAAAAGAACUGUCUGGAGUGAUGAAAAGUUUCUACUGAGCGUCCACAGCCCUGCAACGAUUCCCACCUUAGGAAACCUCGAUUACAAAGCGUUUUCUACCAGUAAGGAUGUAAUUAUACUUACAAUUCCUAAGCUAAUCGUCCCAGAAAAGAACUUCCACUCUCUCAAACCUUCUACUAAAGGUUGUUUGUUUUCUCACGAGAGAAGGCUAUCAAUAUUCAGGUUUUACUCUCAAAAGAAUUGUCUACUCGAGUGUAGAUUGAACUGCACCAUCAGGAAGUGCGGGUGUGUGACUUUCAACCAACCUAGGUUCAACACUACAGAUAUCUGUGGUAAGCCCAAGUAUCGGGACUGUCUGACCGGCGUAUGGUGUGGACAUUGCAACUGUCUGCCGGACUGUGUGUCCCUAGAUUAUACCAUUCAGCUAAAGGAACAUGGCUUGAAGAAAAACGUCAACGAGCACUCUGACGUCCACUUCAGGUUGAAGGUAGUCUACAAAUACAACACGUUCUCCACAACUCUUCGUCACAGUAUCAACAGCAUGGAAGAGUUUAUAGCGUACAGUGCGGGAAUUCUGGGAGUGUUCAAUGGGUUCAGUAUAAUGGCAUUGUGGGAAAUUAUGUACUUCGUAGUGCUGAGGAUCUGGGGCUCCAUUAGAAGGAUCAAUUAA